AUGUCCACCACGUAUUACGAUGUCUACCCAACAUAUGACCCGGCAUAUGGAACGGGACACCUGGCCUGGCAACAACUGUCGAACACUGCGCACUCGUCUUUUAGUUUUUAUGUCCCCUCGGCCAUGUCAGGAAACCCGCAGGCACCGUCAUCGUCCUCUCAACCUUUAUACCAGGACGACGUCCCUCAGCCUUUUGUUAGCUCCCCGAGUCCCGUAGAUUUCAGUUCAUCCGAGUCUUCGUCGACUGGUCCCUCUGUUUCCAGUCUUGGAUCAACAGGCAGCGAAUGCGACGUUUCUCUGUGGUUUGUGCGCGAUGACCCUGUAAGCAUGGUUAGGCAUCGAUUCGGAAAAAUGCCCGUGCCUCGGGGAAUUCAUCAUCAACCCAGUGAACGCCUUCGAUCUUGGUCGUAUAUCCAACAAAAGUACGGCAUAAACCCCUGCACUCAGGCUUUCACCGUAGCUGCCCAUUCAUCGGACGCCAUAGUGCGUCAACUCUUCGCCGCAAAUCUCAUCGAUGCGACUCCGAGGGUCGACCAAUACAUAGGAAAACUUUUCGCUGAGUGCGGGAUGGUCCAGUUUGGCGACAAAGACGAGCACCUCACCGAUUUUGCACUCGCCGUGGACAGAAGCUUCCAGUCUUCACAAGAUCAGGACGCAAACAGUAGGAGAGCAUACUUCCGCCGUCAGCUGUACGACCAUGUGCUUGAUUAUUUUACUCGAUAUUGGCAAAAGGGCCUUCCGACGUCGAUCAACGAGUAUGUCAAAUCAAACACCGUUGGUGGACCAAAGAAGAGGGAGGAAAUCCACAAAGCUCUCAAUCUGACCAAGUUCCUCGGGAAGCUUUGCGCUGUUCGCCUCGUUCCGCAUCACCUGGUUGUGGUCGCUAAGCGUGUUCUUCUCAACGAUUUGACCUCGAUUCAACACAUUAUGGCUUUCAGAAAUCUCGUGGUUCAUUCUGACGGUCGAUUGUGGCGGAAUUACGAUGAUUCUCCCCUCGAUAAACACCAAGCCACAGAGGAUCUUGACGCGGUGUUUAAUGCCUUCAAUGUUAGUGACGGCCUCUACGACUAUAUCCCUGAAAGGAAGGGCCUAAUAUUGGAGCUCUUCGAUGACCUCAGAUACAUUUUUGACCGCGUGUACGGACCUGAGGAACCCCCUCUCGUCCGAACCCUCCCUGAACCCCUGGCCGAAAAUCUGACCACUGACUCCUGUCCAGUGCGGCGAUUUAGGGAUUGCAACGGGUAUUAA